UUUACAGCGUAUUAUGGUGGAAAGAACUCUGGCACUGCGACAAAGGGGCGCGGAAAAGACCGCGUACGGCGUCGUGACGGUAUCAACACAAAAAAUGCAACCACGACUGGUGGUAACAAGGGUCGAGAAGUUGACCAUAGGAGUGUCAAGGCAGAGGCGCAGCGUGGCCGAGGUCGACAGGGCAAUGGGCGAGGUGGUAGGAGAGCCCCGAAAAGAGAAUGGUAUGGUGAGGCUGUCGGGAUCGCCCAAAGUCGGCAAGGAAGAGCAGAGGGAUCAGCCUUUCCUAAGUCUAGUUCCAGUAGCAGCAGCUCUUCCGAGUGGUCGCUUUCUUCGGACAGCAGUGAUGCUGACGGGGAAGCAGCGACUGAGAGGUGGAAGAAAGGCAAUGCAACCGGCGCUGUAAAAACUGAAGAAGAUCAGUGGAGCGAGGAGAUUUUCGAAGACUAUGACGAUGACAUUACUAGCGAAUCUGAUCCUGAUGCAGGAGUCUUCUACAAUCGCACUUGCGCUGAGGUGAGUGAUAAUCCGGAGUUCACACGGAUUCAGCGAGAUCAGG